GGUGGGGCGGGGAGCAUAGGUGUCAGCAAUCUCUCAAGCAGAAGAGGAUCACGAAAGACCGCAGAGCGGGUCGGGGACGGAGGCAGGACGGGAGGAGCUGCAGAGGCCCGCAGGGGGGCGGGGCUGAAGCCGGUGGCUCGGCGGGGGAGCGUCGCUAAGUCCGCGGACGCCGGCGCCCACCCCGUCCUGAGACCCACGAGCGCUUUCCUCUGCCCCGGCGGCGGGUCUCUCCAGAACAGCGCGGGCGCUUGCGCUUUGCCACGCGGAGAUCCCUGCGGAGAGUUUGAGUCCCCGCUCCUAGACCAGCAGCUAGACAGGCACCCCAAGCGACCUCGUUCCAUGGAAGCUAGAACUAAUCAGGAAGAGGGUACCCCAGAAACCACACCCCCUUGUUUCGUGGAGCUGAAACCGUGCUGCUAAGGGUGUGGCUGUCCCCACCCCUGAGUGUGGACAGUCCAUCCUGGCCACCUUCCACAGGAAAUCUGACCUGAGGGACUAACAGGAAUUCCGGAAGCAGGCUCCUACAGGCUCAAGUUUGGGCCUACCUUGCCUGGAUAUCAACCAAGCCUCCAACUGGCCUGGGUUCCGGACUCUCCUGCAGCAGCUUCCUCCACAGGACAGUGAUGUGGGUCACCCUUCUGUGCCCCCUCUCUCCUCCUCCACUCCCUCUCCACACCUUGUUACUCACUGUGAAGAAAGAGCAUUGGUCUAGAAUUCAGGAGGUUUGACUAAGAGGCCUGGUUCUGCCUGCCAGUAGCUGGAGGGAGUCGCUCCCCUUAGCUUGAGUUCCCACACCUAAUAACAGGUACAGCAGCACGUGUCCUGCAUCUCACAGUGCUUAUCAGGCUCAAGAGCAAAUGGGAAAAUGGACAUGAACGGCAUUUGAAAUCAAGAAUGGAAUGCACAAAUGUAGAAAUAUGGUUGUUUAGUGUUUAUUGAGGCCCCACCAUGUGUAGCCUGAAGGCUUACAAUUCACUAGGGGAGGCAGGGCAGUCCAUGAAGCGGACAAAACCGGUGAAACAACAGCCAUGCUAUCUGGUGAUGGUGCUAAGUGGAUGCAGCCCUGAGUGACAGCCAUGUCCACGACAGCAGAGAACCCAAGCACGAAAUUAUCUUUUCUUCCCUCCUUCUCAAGCGCAUGUGUUCUCUCCCUCCUACCUCUCUCCGACCCAGCAUCUAAGCCUUAGAGAACAUUUCAACCCUAGUAGUGGUCUAGCCUGAGGUCUGGAUGGAUGGGGGCCUGUUUCUGCAGGAGCGCUACUGUCUGGCCCUAGGGGAGGAGGAACUGGCCCAGCUGCGACUCUUCUGUGCCCAGCGAAGGCAGCAAUCCCUGGGACAGGGGGUAGCCCGCCUGCUACCUCCCAAGCUUGCAGGGCACACCUGUGAGAAGUGCAAGAAGCUGCUGAGGCCAGGAGAGUACGGAGUGUUUGCGGCCAGGGCUGGGGAGCAGUGCUGCUGGCACAGACUCUGUUUUGCUUGCCAGACCUGUGGUCAGGCCCUGAUAAACCUCAUCUACUUCUACCACGACGGGCAUCUCUACUGUGGCCGCCAUCACGCAGAGCUGUUGCGACCUCGAUGUCCCGCUUGUGACCAGCUGAUCUUCUCUCAGCGCUGCACCGAGGCCGAGGGACGGCGCUGGCACGAGAACCACUUCUGCUGCCAAGACUGCGCCGGGCCUCUGGGUGCAGGUCGUUAUGCCCUAUCCGGGGGUAGCCCCUGCUGCCCCAGCUGCUUCGAGAGCCGCUACCAGAGUGCAGGCUCUAACUCAGAAGGGGCACUGGAAGGGCAAGCGUCCCUUGGGGAAACAGGACCCGAUCCAAGCGUCGGCUGGAACCGUGCCUCCUCGGAUGACAAGGACUCGGACUCCUCUACAGUCGCCAGCCCCACCCUGCAAACCCCGGGUCCGGCGUCCAAAGGGCAGGAGCGAGACCGCCCACAGGCGCCCGGAAACCCCAAAGAUAACAGCCCCUGCCCCACCUGCUCCUCUUCCUCCGAGUCGGAACCCGAGGGGUUUUUCUUCGGCCAGCGCCUUCCAGGUCCCUGGGAGACCCCCGAAACCCUCCAGGCAGACGACAGAGACAUCUCCAGGAAGCACUGCACCAUUUGUUAG